GUUGCCCAUUUCCUGCUUUGAAAUGAUGUGUGCACAGAACAGAGAAGAGAAACUUCCUUGACUGUAGAGCUUUGUAUUCCGUUAUUGUAAGCGCUGACGCUCUUUCAAAUGCUGUAAAACAUUCACUUAAGAUAAAGCAGGAGAUUUAUCAGAGGACCAUGAGUCGUGGAUCUAAAACUAAAAUGGAGAACGCCCGCAGCCCUCUGCUGAGCCUGCAGGAGAAUGAGAAGUUGGAGGAGCUGCUGGGCAGAAGGUGUGCUUCCAUGGCCACUGCAGUAGCACAGUUGCACAUGGCUCUGCCUAACAGUCCAUCCAUAUGGAGUCUGCAGCACACUGGAGUCGUGUGCUUCGUCAAAGACAACCCUCAGCGCUCCUACUUCAUACGGAUGUUUGAUUUGAAGGCAGGGCGGCAGGUUUGGGAGCAGGAGCUCUACAACCAAAUUGUUUACUCCUCGCCACAGUCGUACUUUCAUACCUUUGCUGCAGAUGAUUGUCAAGUGGGACUGAACUUUGCCGAGCAACAGGAAGCAGAGGCCUUCCAAAGUGCUGUGGAGGAGAAAAUCGACCAAAGAAACAACCGUCACGACAAGAAACAGCGCCCCCUGCCACCUAGUGACAGAGGUUCCCUGCCUCGACUCCCGCCUGAAAAAGCAUCAUCUGGUAGCCCUGGAUCUUUUCCUAUGGCCACGGUGGACAUCCAGAACCCAGAUAUCCAGUCUUCACGCUACCGCACGACACCUUCAACCUCUUCCUUAUCUCUCAGCAUCAAAGACAAGAAAAAGGACAAGAAGAACAAGAAAAAGGGCCCCAAACUCUCCAAAGCAGACAUAGGAGCACCCAGUGGAUUUAAGCAUGUUAGUCAUGUCGGGUGGGAUCCCAACAACAUUGACCCUGAUCUGUGGAAGCUGCUCUCCCAAGCUGGGAUCAGUGAAGCUGAGAUGAGGGAUGAAAAAACCUCUCAGCUCAUCUAUAAUGUCAUCGAGCAGUCUGGAGGCAUGGAGGCCGUCAAACGGGAGGUGAACAGAGCUUCUGGACCUCCACCCCCUCCACCUGGCAGACAAGGGCCCCUGCCUCCUUUGCCAGGCUCCACUCUCUCUGCCCCGACCCCUCCACCUCCACGAAGCCGCUCCGGCCCCCUGCCUCCCAUCCCAGGCCAGUCCUCACGAGGUACCCCAUCCGCUCACCCACCUUCAGCACGUGGAGGUGUGCCACCCCCGCCCCCUCCAACAAACAGAGGCGGACCUCCACCACCACCGCCACCUGCACUCUCGGCGUCCUCACCACCUUCCACAAAGUUCUCUACUGCCUCAGCUCCGAUGUCCUCCCACCACGCGCCUCCUCCCCCGCCGCCAUCUAGCCAACAGCGUUUUCCGCCUCCUCCAGUCCCAUCUGCACCCAGCAGAGUGGGCGGAGGAGGAGGAGGAGGUGCUCCACCUCCUCCUCCACCCCCUCCUCCUCCACCUCCUCAGGCUUCUGUUUCUUCAGAUUUCCCACCACCUCCUCCCCCCUCCGGUGGCCCAGCACCACCUGCCCCUGUAUCCUCGGGAGGAGGAGACAGCAGAGGAGCUCUGCUGGAUCAGAUCCGACUGGGGAAGAAGCUCAGAAAUGUGACAGAGAGCCCUGAUCCAGCUCCAUCCUCGUCUCCAGGAUCAGGUGAGGGCAUCGUUGGUGCUCUCAUGAGUGUCAUGCAGAAGAGGAGUAAAGUCAUCCAUUCCUCUGAUGAAAGUGAAGAAGAGGGUGGAGAUGAAGACGACGACGACGACGAAUGGGACGACUGAUGCAGAGGUUCUUGUUUGUGUAGAUUUUGACGUUAGUUCAACUGUGAUUUUUAGGGCGAAAACUCUGGGUAGCAACAUUUUUGGAUUUUGCAAACUGGAAUAUGAGUUGUAUAUGAGACAAACUGUAGGCGAUUAAAUAAACAAGUCAUUUAACGUAAAGGACUGUGAAGGACACACUUAAGAGAAUUCUGAAAUGUUUAUAUAUUUGUUCAAACAUUUCCAGUGUAGGAUUGAUCAGCAUGACAGCACGUAGCACUGUGUUACUCACAAUGAAGGUGAAUGGUGGCUCUGACUGGAAAAUAUAUUGUUCCUUGUGCUUCCAUUGAAAAGAGCCAUUUUUAAAAAGAAGUAAAUACAGCUUAUGACAGAACACCACCAAUCAAAUACUAAAUCUGAGCCAGUUUCAUUCCCAUUUUUGUAAUAACAUACUGUACAUGAAAAUUAUGUUCCUGUAUCAUUUUCUCAUACAUCUGUGCAAAGAUCCCCAAAUUCCCUCUAAUACCGCCACCGACAAAGUGCAUAACUGGAAGAACACUGUAUGCUAUACAUAUCUUAAACACUCACAUACUGCAGGUCACUAGAGCACGGGACAGUAAGGGAGCCAUUAUAUGACAACAUCCAAUGGAAUUAGCUUAACAGAAUACAUUACACCUUACAAACAUCAUAACACACCAAGGUUGAAAACAGAACAGUAAAAUGUACAACUUGCAACAAACAACGACAGAUACAACAGCAUGCAACAUCUGCAUUUAUAUCAUCAUACUAUCUUCAUACAAUACAAGAGUAAUCCAAUGACCAUAUCAUGACCAUAUAUAUUAUAUUCACAAUCAAUAUAUUACAUUUUUGUUUCAAGAUACUUAAAAAGACCAUACUUGUGGUUUUGCAUGUUGUAGCCUCUUAACUACAUGUUGCAUUGACUUUACAUGACAUUCAAACAUUUUCCAAAACAACAACAAACUUGCCUGAAAUAUGUGAUGCAUGUUUUUUUUUUUUUUUCCUUUGUCACAGUAACAUUACAGUUGGUAAUCCAGUUGUGUUUUGCAAACUCUUCCUUUGUGGUGCUUUCAAGGACCAUCCAACAUCUGGCAAUUAAUGAUCAGUGGCAGAAACUUUUAUUUUGUCAUGGGAUCAAUUUAAAAGAAAAAUAAUAAGCAAACAUG